AUGGCGGGUGGGCAGGUCAUACAGUAUGCAGAUGGCGAUGAGGAGGAGUGGCCGCUUGGCCUGGACUUGUUGACUGCCGCCAAGCAAGCAGCGCAGCGGCAAGAUGCCAGGCUGUCGAUGCAGCGCCCCAGCUACCUUUUCGCAGGGUUGCGCGCGCAGCCCUUCUGGCCGCGAGACAGUUUUCCAAAGGUGGUGACAUUGCUGGAGGCGCGAGCGGCGCAGCUCUCCGAGGAGGUGAAGAUGCUGCUGGAAGACUGCUUUAGCUCAAGUGAGGAAGAGAGCGAGCCAAGGAGCUGCAAGCGCCGGAAGCGCCGGAAGCGUCAGGUCGCAAAAGAGCACAGCAGGCCCGAAUGGCAGCCGCAGGGCGAGGGUUUGCACUCAGGUGUGUGGCUGAAGCUGGAGCUGUGGGCCAAGGGAGGCUUGGCGCCUGCAGCUGAGGCGGCUCCCGCCGCCGCGGCGGCCAUCUCUGCCGCCAUGGGCACCGGCGAGGCUAUGGAGUGCCCGCCGGGACGCGCCGCGCUGUCCCUGAUGACGUCUGGCGUGCACGUGAGACCUCACUGCGGUCCCACAAAUCAUCGGCUGAGGCUGCAUUUGCCGCUACUGCUGCCGGGCAACGCGAGGAGCUGCGCGGGUUUGACGGUGGCGUCCGAGGAUUGCCGCUGGCAGCUCCACAGGUGCCUCAUUUUCGAUGAUAGCUUUGAGCACCGAGUGCAGUUGCCACAGCUGGAGGCAGGGGAGGUGCCCCUUUCGGAGGCGCGGGUUGUGCUGCUGCUGGACCUUUGGCAUCCCGAUGCUGGUGACUUGAGGAGCGCAGCUGUGGAGAAAAGCGAGCCUCAGAUGGUGCAGCAGUUCUGCAAUGCAUGCCAUAUUUGA